AAACAGUGAACAGUCUAGUGUUAGUUGUUACCUUGACAUAGAACUUCUGUCAUAGGUUUUUACCUAAUAACAGACGGAUUGUAGUGUACUGACGCAGUCAAGUUUGUAGAUUCUCCCUAAACAUCCUAUUGUAUAAUUGUGUACAUUAACAACUUUCCGUUCGUCAACUAAAUCGGUUGUGGUACUCAAAUACUAUUGCCAUUAAAUUUUGAUAAAUAACACAAGAUGGAGCGCGCAAGUUCAGGUUUCCACCCGCACCGUCAUCAUAGGAUAACUUUCUGCCUCGUCGCCAUGUUUCUCAUAGCGCUCCCCAUCGGCCAGUGCCAGAUAGAGAAGAUGUAUACGGACGUGUCGGACAUCAUGAUGCUGGUUGACGAGACGAGGCUUUUCAAUUUGGUGCAAGUGGGCGAAUACAACACAACACUCUCCAUCUCCGCAAAAAUCCAACAUCCGGACAUAGUGCAAUACGUGCCCCCCGUCCUGGUUAUAGUCGGCACUGACAAUCCUAACGCUAGUGCGGUGAUAGCACAUGACAUAUGCGCCUACGGCAAGAGUCCAGGACAUUCGGAGGUUACAUUCAACGUGACGCCCAGUGGGAUAGUCGAUCUCGACUCGGUGUUCAUGCGAGUGACAGUGAUGCACUCUCAGGCGAUCUACGUGAUAUCCGUCAUAAUGGGAUGGAUCUACUUCGUGGCUUGGUCGGUGUCGUUCUACCCGCAAAUAUACAUCAAUUUCAGAAGGAAAAGCGUCGUCGGACUGAACUUUGACUUUCUCGCUUUGAAUAUUAUGGGCUUCACCAUGUAUUCCCUGUUCAACUGUGGGCUGUACUUCUCUAAGGCUAUUCAGGACGAGUACUUCUUCCGCCACCCCCGCAGCCUCAACCCGGUGCAGCUGAACGACGUGUUCUUCUCCAUACACGCCGCCUUCGCCACGCUCAUCACCAUAUUCCAGUGCUUCAUCUAUGAGCGCGAGAACCAGCGAGUAUCGACCGCGGGCCGCACGCUGCUGGGCGGCUUCUGCCUGGUAGUAGUGGUGACCGCGAGCCUGGCGGGCGCGGCGCGCGUCGCCUGGCUCGACUUCCUCUACUACUGCAGCUACAUCAAACUGUGUAUCACCCUCAUCAAAUACCUGCCGCAGGCAUACAUGAACUACAAACGCAAGUCCACCAUCGGUUGGAGCAUCGGGAACAUAUUCUUGGACUUCGUCGGCGGCACCCUCUCCAUUCUCCAGAUGUUGCUCAACGCGUACAACUACAACGAUUGGGUUUCUCUCCAGGGUGACCUGACCAAAGUCGGACUGGGCCUCUUCAGUCUCAUAUUCGACAUAUUCUUCAUGCUGCAGCACUAUGUGUUCUACAGAAGAGACAAGAAGUAUAUAAUAGUUGACACUAGCGAUGAGGGUUCAGAUAAUAUGGCGAGCGGUGUUGGGAGCGAGUAUAGUUUAGUGCGCAGGUGGCACGCGGACGAAAAGAUGUACGAUUUGGAGGCAAAGGCGUGAGAUCUACACUGCAUCGAGUAUUUAAACGGCUAGAUAAUUUUAAUUUUAAAUUUUGGAACUACAUUUUGUUGAAAGACAUAUUUUAUUAGCUAGAUGUAACGUAAACUUCUCAUUGAUGAUAUACAAGAAACGCUAGUAUUUUUGUUAUAAGAGUUAAAUAUCAACUUUUUACUUAAAUCCAAAUACACAUGGAUGGAUUUCUCUUUAUUAAAAAUUUGAAAUUUCGAUAGACCACACGACAAUAAUAAUUAAAUUUUAAUGUGCCUUAAAUGUAGGUAAUAUGAAUGUGUUCUAAAACGCAUUUUUUGUAGAAGUUUAUGCUAUCUUUUGGAAUAUUUUCUAGUAAAAAUAUAAUUGUAUUUAAUUCACAACGUUGUUAUAAAAUUAGUAUUAGUGAUUCAGAGCUCAAAAAUGCGACAUGGGGAGAACUUUUGUUAUAACACUGCCUUUGAAAAUAAUAGUUUUGGGCGUUACUAAAAUAGAAUUGAUUAUUUAACAAUGUCAGCAGUUCCUGCCAUAAAAUAAGUUUUUAUAUUCUAAAGAUCUGAUGAACUUGCUAAAAUUUUAAAUAAUAGAUAAACAGUAUUUUUGUUUUGUUAUUUGUCAUAAGUUUUAGAUAAAUUAAUUUGUUUUAUACUACUUUGUUUAACAUCUUCACGUUUAAAAUGACUCAUGCUCUUCGAUACAGGGUGUGUUGAAAUGUUAAUACUUUUAAGACUUUGGGAAUCACAGAACAAAAUAUAUAAAUAUAAAAAUAAAAGUAACUUAAAUUAAGAGGUUUUGUUAUCAAAUUAAAAAAUUAUAUACUUACUAUCAGGAUCUAUCAAGACGUAGACGGCGUACGUCUUGAUAGAUCCUGAGUAAUAUGUAAUUUUAAGUAAUUUGUUCUGUGAUGUCUGUAUAUUACAAAGUCAAUUUAUUGUUUAUAAUCCUUGUUAUAUCUUUAUUAUGACGAAGUCAUGUCGAACUGUGAUGAAAUACACAUUUUAUAUUAAAAUGUGCGUUA